AGACCCAGCCAAAGCCAGUUCUGUGUCUAUACCUUUGGCGCCGAAGCCCGGCGGGCCGCCGACUUUUCUUUGCUGGUCAACAAAGACGAAUUUGAGAUCCUGGAGUGGAAGCAGGGCCACGACGGUUCAGUGGCCUGGAACGCGCUCAAGACUUGCGAGAACGGCGACAAAUACGUUGGCAAGAACGCGUACGGUCUGGGCAAGGUGAGCGUCAGCGAUCGGGCCUUUUACUUGCCCUGGGGCGCAUACGAGUACAAGUACCCCAAAGACUAUAUGUUCUUGACCAUCAACGAAGACAUUCAGGAGGACCACCUGGAGAACGUGACCUACCACACCGAAGGCAUCAAUGUGGUGGAGCAUCCACCGAAGAUAAUGAAGAACGACAGCGUCAAAAACCAAGACUGCCUGGCAGCCACGGUCACGGUCGUCAUCACGACGAGCGACAACGUGGAACACAGGUGGCACGACACCUACGGCUUCUCCGUCGCCUCCAGCACCACCUUCAAAACCGGUAUCCCCCAACUGGCUGAGGCAGGAAUUCGCUUUAGUGUGGAGACAGACUUCGCUGUUACCACGGGCAACACCUACUCCGAGACCACCGAGCACACCGUCUCAUUGAGCAUGAAGGUCCCGCCCAACAGCAAGUGCAGAGUCCACAUGGUGGGCAAGAAGCACGGAGCGGAUAUCCCCUACACGGCGCCCCUCAAACGCACUUAUGCAAACGGCGAGACCAAGUGGACCACCAUCACGGGCAUCUACAGAAGUGUCCAGAUCUCGUCUGUCGAUGGCUUGCUGGACCGCUGUGAACGCCUGUCCAACGUCAAGCCUUGCUAAAACACCCCCCCCCCCCACACACACACACAUACUUGUUUGGACUCUGAUGAAGGUCCUUGUGAGAAGAAGAAUUAAAUGGAAAUAUCAAAGAA